AUGGCUGAACUGCUGGACCCUUCAGCCCUCAGGAAACACUGUACUGAUGCUUUCCAGAAUGCUGACAGUCACAGGAAAGGCUUUCUGACAAAAGAGGACUACAAAGUGGCCAUCAUGGAGUUGCUGGGGUACAAGCCAUCUAAGUACGAGCUGGAGUCCAUCUGGACGGAACAUGUUGGUUGCCAUGGCGAAGAGGAGGGUGGCCUGGAUAGAGAAGCAUUCACUGCACUGAUAACCCAUCGUCUCAUGCAAAAAGACAUUGAUGAACUAGUUCGCCAGAUUUUUGUGAGUUUUGACGUCUACUUGAAUGGAUUCCUCACCCUUGAGUCUUGUCAACGAGUAUUCCACGAGGUUGCCCCUCUAAUCAAGACUGACCAAAUUGAGAGGUGGUUCAGAGAAAUGGACAUUGACAAUGAUGGACGAGUUACUUAUAGAGACUUUGAACUCAUGAUAAAAUCUCAUACUUUGUUGUAUCCAUCACAUCUCACUAAAUAAUCCUUGUGUUAUAUAUAACAUUAUGCUCUCAUGCAUUACCAUAAUUCA